AUGACCACUUUCGACGACGUCCUCGAGGAGGCCGGCAACUUUGGCCGCUGCCAGAAGCGUAUCUUUGCCCUCUUCUGCCUGGUGUCCAUGCCCUGGGCUGGUGUGUACGUGGGCAUCGUCUUCCAGGGCUUCACCCCAGAGCACUGGUGCCGUAACCCCGCCGUGAGCCAGCUGAGGGGCAGCUGUGGCUGGAGCCUGCACGACACCCGCAACUACGUCCCCCUGGUCAACACGUCGGAGGGCGUGGCGCGUAGCCAGUGCCAGAGGUACGAACUGGACUGGAACGCCACGGGCCUCACCUGUGACUACCCCACAAUACGACAGAAAUUUCCACUGUUAACAACCAGAAGGCUUGGCACAAGGGGUCAUUCAAAGUAUCAUUAUUAUGGUAUUGGCAUUAAAGAGAGCAGUGCCUAUUAUCAUUCAGUAUACUCAGGAAAAGGCUUAACCAGAUUUUCUGGAAGCAAACUCAAAAAUGAGGGAGGAUUCACGCGUAAAUACUCCCUGAACUCCAAAACUGGAACUUUGCUGCCAGAGUUUCCAAGUGCACAGCAUUUAGUGCUUCAUGGUUCAAUCUCAAAAGAGAAGGCAGACACCUUAAUUAUGAUGUACAAAACCCACUGUCAGUGCAUCUUGGAUAAUGCCAUCAAUGUGAACUUUGAAGAGAUCCAAAACUUCCUGCUGCAUUUCUGGCAGGGAAUGCCCGAUCAUCUCCUGCCCCUCCUGGAAAACCCCAUAAUAGUUGACAUUUUCUGUGUGUGUGAUUCCAUCCUGUACAAGGUUCUCACUGAUGUCCUCAUCCCUGCCACGAUGCAGGAAAUGCCUGAGAGUCUCUUGGCAGAUAUACGCAAUUUUGCCAAACAUUGGGAACACUGGAUGGUGUCAUCUUUGGAAAAUCUGCCAGAGCUGCUAUCAGAAAAAAAGCUGCCCAUUGCACGACAGUUUGUGUCCUCUUUAAAGCGGCAGACGUCAUUCUUACAUCUUGCCCAGAUUGCCAGACCAGCACUAUUUGACCAAAAUGUGGUUAACGCCAUGGUUGCAGAUAUUGACAAGGUGGAUUUGAACAGCAUCGGAUCCCAGACUUUUCUUACUUUCACUGGUGACAAAGACUCAGAGCUGUACUCAGAAUAUGAUUCUGUUGCUGUGUUCCAAGACUUGAAAGACCUCCUGAAGAAAAAUGCCACAGUUGAGUCUUUCAUUGAAUGGCUGGACACUGUGGUUGAGCAAAAAGUGAUCAAGCCUAGCAAGCAAAAUGGGCGGUCAGUAAAAAAGAGGGCACAGGACUUUCUUCUCAAGUGGAGCUUCUUUGGAGCUCGCAUCAUGCAUAGUCUCACGCUGAACAAUGCUACAAGUUUUGGGUCUUUUCACCUCAUUCGAAUGCUCUUAGAUGAAUAUAUUCUCUUGGCUAUUGAGACACAAUUCAAUAAUGACAAGGAGCAAGACCUUCAGAACCUCUUAGAAAAAUACAUGAAAAAUGCAGAUGCCAGCAAAGCAGCUUUCACCGCGUCCCCUAGCUCUUGCUUCCUGGCCACUCGUAAUAAAUCUAGUGUUCUCUCUGGGGAUUCAGCCGUUAAAGAUGAGACCCAUGCAGAACACCCAUACAUGUCUCUCAGUGGCAGCCAGCAGGGCCUGGGAGCCAAUGUGGUGGUGUACCAAGGCACAGACCCAGAUGGAUUUCCCCUCUCUGGUCAGCUGGACUUUUCUCAGAGCAGUGGUCCUCUCAUGACCCCGCCAAUCUCCCCAGCCCUGGUGAACAGAGGCAGCGUUAUCAACCAGGGCCCCAUGGCAGCACGGCCCCAGAGCAGCUGCCCCAUCCAGCCCCACAUGCCCUGCCAGGCCUUCCCAGACGCCAUGUACCAAGGCCUGCCUCUCUCCAACUCUGGCUUCUACCCUCCCUCCUCCACCUACCAGCCGGUGUUCAGGCCCCAGGCCCACAGCCAAAUGGCAGCAUACUCAGUGCGUUCAGACGGGGGGCGCUACACUCCCUUUGGCGAGCAGCCAGUGACUAAGGACUGUUUUAGCACCAGUUGUGCGGUGUCUUCAUAUAACCCACAGGGGACAGUGGGUUAUAGUGCCACACAAGACACAGGGGUGGAGGCCCAAGGGGCACAGCUGUUGGAUUCUGGAGGGUACAGCUUUGUGGGCAGCGGCCUGAAUGGAGGAGCCUGCCAGGGUCUGACCUACACAAGCACAGGGUCAAGUGGGUACUAUGGCGGUAGCGGUUACCUUGAUGCUCAGAGGAUGGGCUCCAUGAUAGACCAGCACGUGUCUGUCAUCAGCAGUGUCAGCACCAUACGCUCCGUCCCAUCAUAUGCUGACGUCCACGACCCUCUCAACAUCUUGGAUGACACCGUCAGAAAGCCUGCUGGUUCCUAUUACAGCGAGCAGCCCUCACUCGUCAGCCGACCCUCUGGAGGUUCAUCUGUAAUCCCACCCAUCUCAUCCUCUGUCUCCACUCCCUGCAUGUAUGGAUCAGCCUCCCACUAUCAUUCCCAGGAUGCACUGCUCCCACACCAGGGCUCUUCUGAGGUACGGGAAAUGGUGUCCUCACUUCCCCCCAUCAACACCGUGUUCAUGGGGUCAACAGGAGGCCCCGCAUAA